ACAAUCCAGAGAGAGAGACGAUGUACAGGACAUGAGCGAGAACUUUGUUGUGAAAGAAACGCUCUACGACAGCGUGGCGCAAGAAUUGCGUGACAACGACACUGAGGAAGAGGAACCCACUGACGACGAUGAUGAGGAGGGCGAAUCGAGCGACGACGAUGAUGAGGAGGAGGAAACGAGCGAGGAUACCGAUUCAGAAGACACAGACUCUGAGGAUGAUGAAGGGCAGAACGAUUCGGGAAUUGAUGUCGACAUGUUCAAGAAGAGUCUGUUUGGAAAAUUUUUAGGAGAAGCGAAGCAGAUAAUAGCACAGGAGGUGAGAAGGGGACUGUACAACAAAUCAAGCAAGAGUGAGAAACCUCCUUACAACUUGGGAAAGCGCGGCAGGAACGCACGUCUGGACAUCUUCAAGUCAGAGCCAACAGGACAAGUUCAAGCUUCGCCAAAGUAUGCAAUCCGAUCUUUGGAAGCAAGAUAUCGACUUACUUGUCGCGGUGAGGACAAGAGGCGUGAUAAGGUCGUCAGCAGUGAAGGUCAUGUCCAUAAUCGAAAAGCGGGAGGAUCUUCGAAAUUCAAGGUUGACGAUGAUGCACUUUCCAUCGCCGCCUUGAAAACCAACGUACAUGCCCUAUCGCAUUACGCUCAACCCCACAACAUUGAAUGGUGGAAUAAGUUAAUAGCAACGCAGGAAACUCUCGACCUUGAGGACACAAACCUCAAAGAGCCUUUCGCGUGGCCCUCUGUAACAGCUGAUAUCAGCAGAGCAGGUGAAGAAGUUCCACCAACCGCUAACGGCUUUAACCAACGUUGGGAUGAUCUGUUCUCUCCUGAGAGACCCAUCUACAUCGGCGCACGAAAGAGCAGACAGUUUCGAGAGGACAGAGACGGAAAGUACAACGAUCUCGAGGUCAACACUUUCAUCGCAUUACGAGCUUGUUCGGGGCAGGAAGAGAGAGACAAACCUUGCCACAUUGGCAAGGUUGUCGAGCUGCUAGCAGGUCUAUAAGAUCGUGUUUGGAAGUCGUUGAAUUUCCGUGACGGUCGAAUAUGGUCAAUUUGGCUGUCCACAACUUUUAGAGAUUCGAAAUCAGUUGUCGUUGGCUGUUUUUUGCUUUCGUCUGCAUCCCGUUUUUUUACUACCUUCGUUUCAAGCUUCUAUUUCCUUAGUAUUAUGAGUGCAAAGAAAGAGGCUUUGUUCGCCUUGCCAGGUUUUCGGUUAGUUUUUACGUCCUUGGAUCAGGUUCCGGCAAAGGCUCUUCUGUUUUGAAACAAAAUACUACUUCCAGU